AGACGGAAGACCGCAUGCUAUGGUUGUUCGGAGAUUCUUCGAAAUCACGAUCUUAAAGUCAUAUGAUUCACAGCGAAUAUAUCAACGAAUAUCUCAAUUCGUAUUUUCCAAAGCCACGAAACGUGCAUUGAGUUUGGAGCGAUAUCUGAAGUGAAGAUUGAAGACGUGAUAGAAGAUGGACGACUACUGCUAUGCUAAGAUGGCGACGUCCGCUAAAAGAGAACAUGAAAGAGAAUCAGCGCCACCAACUUCCAGCAAAUCACCAACGGGGAUAAAGACGAAAGAUGAAGACGUCCAGCAGCUGAUCGGUAAUCCAGAAGAAGUUUCCCCUCAGUUAGGGGGGAGCUCCACUUUGAAGCAGGAGACUCCACAACCACCCUGCAUUAAAAAGGAAGAGGAGGACCUCUGCAUCACUCAGGAGGGAGAGUGUCUUCUAGGACGAGAGGAAGCUGAUUACACCAAGUUUCCACUGAGUAUACUCUCUGUGAAGACUGAAGAUGAUGAAGAGAAACCACAAGUAGACAACCUCUUAGCUCCACUAUCAGAUAGUGAGGCUGAAGAUGAGGUUGAAGUAACUUUGAGCAGCGAUACAGACUGUGAAGGUGAUAUGAGGACUCACACUGACAACAAACACUCUGAAUGCUCUUCAAAGAAGAGAGGUAAAACAUGUUUGAGCUGCUCAGUUUGUGCUAAAAGUUUUACUACAGAGUGCAAUUUGACUCGACACAUGAGAACACACACAGGAGAAAAAACAUGUUAUUGUUCAGUUUGUGGCAAAAGCUUUUCUCAAAAUAGCCAUUUGACUCAACACAUGAGAACACACACAGGAGAAAAAACAUGUUAUUGUUCAGUUUGUGGCAAAGGCUUUUUUCGAAAUAUUCAUUUGACUCAACACAUGACAACACACACAGGUGAAAAACCAUUUAAUUGUUCAAUUUGUGGCAAAAGCUUUACUGUUAAGAAUAAUUUGACUAAACACAUGAGAACACACACAGGGGAAAAACCGUUCAGUUGUUCAGUUUGUGGCAAACGUUUUUUUAGUAAGAGCAAUUUGACUGAACACAUGAAAACGCACACAGGUGAAAAACCAUUUAGUUGUACAGUUUGUGGCAAAAGUUUUUUUGGUAAGAGCAAUUUGACUGAACACAUGAGAACACACACAGGUGAAAAACCAUUUAGUUGUACAGUUUGUGGCAAAAGCUUUUCUGUUAAGAGCAAUUUGACUAAACACAUGACAACACACACAGGUGAAAAACCAUAUAAGUGUUCAGUUUGUGGCAAAAGCUUUUCUAGAAAUAGCCAAUUGACUCGACACAUGAUAACACACACUGGAGAAAAAACAUUUAGUUGUUCAGUGUGCUGUAAAAGGUUCCCACAUAAUACAGAUGCAGUAAAACACAAAAGAACACACAAGGGAAAAUAACCAAUUAGCUGUUUAGUUUGUGGUAUGUUGCUCAUAUGUGGUGACAUCCACCCUACCCAGGACCUCCUCACUGCUUCUUUCACAAAUAUCUGAGGUAUACAAACUUGGAUUAUUUGAAGCAUAAUCUUAUCCACUCAUGACCCCAUGUCUUCUCUGUAUCUGAAACCUUCCUGAACAGUAAGAUAGAUGAUGCUUCAAGUGUUUGGUUACUCCUUCUUCAGUCCAGGGACCUGGGGCCUCAUGUGUCAAGUUUGUGCACGCUCAAUAACCUGCACUACACCCUUUUUUACUGCCAAGUUGAGAUGUAUCAAAACUGAUGCUGGGUAACUGUUUGCAUAACCAAGUGCCAACGUUUACUCCUCAGACUGAUUGAUGUGCAAAUCAGAGACAUAUGAACAAUUAACCCCCAACACCCACAACUCAACCCCCACCUCCCUCGACAUUCGGGCAUAACAGGUUCAAUCCUGCCCGCGAGAUGAGUUUGCGAAGUGUAAAAUUCAGCUGCAUUUUCAAUGAAAGAAACUGCUGUUCUAAUUGUGUCAACUGGAUGUCACAAUAGCAAUUCUGUUAGGCAAGCAAAUAGUUUGUUUCUGGGCAAGUAAGUAUAUCAAGCAAGAGGUUCAGUCUUUAU